UUUUUAAUCUCAAAGAGACAAGAAAGUUCUAUCGAUCAAACCGGUACCAAACAGCGUAUUUUCAAAGUUAAAGUACUGAAAAUGGAGUUAUGGUUUUGGAUUCUUGGUUGGAUUCUGUCUAUCCUAACGAUCGCUGGAAAUGGUUUCAUUAUUUUCCUUGUAUGCAAAAAAAGGCAGCUCCGCACCAAAACUAACGCCUUCAUCGUCUCACUUGCAGUGGCGGAUUUCUGUGUUGGAGUGAGCGUCGUUCCUUCCUUCUUCAUUUGCGACAUUACAGGAGGCUGCGAUUGGUCUACAGGACACCAUCCUUUAUGGACACGUGGUAUAAGAUGGUUGUUUGGUUACGCAUCUGUGAUGAAUUUGUGCAGUUUAGUACUCGAACGCUACAUCGCCAUUGUGAAACCUUUAAAAUAUCUAACUGCUAUGACCAGAUGUCGAGUUGCUAAAAUGUUAAUCUUUUCGUGGACAAUCCCUAUAAUUUUUGUUGUGGGUCGGCUAUUAAUUUUGUCAAGAAAUUCAGCUAUGUUGUUUUUUAGUAUUUUUGCUAUUUUGGUUGAGUUUUUCUCAUAUUCUAUAUUAACUUUCUGCACCGCUUCGAUAAUACGUGUUGUUUAUAAGCAAGGUAGAGCAGCACCUAGCUUAGGAAAAGUGAGUCGUUUUAGCCAACAUCGUGACAAGUCUGCGAUUGUAAUGAUGACAAUUGUUGUAGUUGUGUUUCUUAUUUGUUACGGCGUAUAUUUUCGCUGUAGUUUUGCAGUACUUUUUCUUAACAUAACCUGUAAUGAUUUCAGUUAUAAGAUACCUCUGUUGAUUUUAAACUCUGCCAUCAACCCUUGGGCGUAUGCUCUCUUCAAGAGGGACAUAAAGGCGAUGAUCAAAAGACUGUUCUGUAGGGCAACUUUCAGGAGCAAUAACAGUGUAAUGCCU